AUGGCCCGCACUCUUGGCGACAUCCGCGGGGAAUCCAUCAUUUCGAACGAGCAGGGUCUGAAGGGAUCCAAGGGAGACCGUGGUUCAAUGGGCCCAAUUGGACUGGACGGUCCCAAGGGAGAGCCGGGACGGCCCGGCGACAAAGGUUCGAAAGGCGAGGUCGGAAUGCCACCGAUCGACGUGUUCCAAACAGUGAAGGGAUUAAAGCGAUCCGUUACGACACUGCGGGGCGGCUCGCUGGGAUACGCUGAAAUCGUAGCCGUUAAGGGAGAGCCAGGUGAGCCUGGUCCUCCAGGGCCACCGGGACCGGUGGGGCCGUCCGGUCCGAUGGGACUGGACGGUCGGCCCGGUCCGCCAGGAGAUCCCGGUCCCAAGGGAGACGCAGGAGCAGCAGGAGAAAAAGGUCCCGUGGGAAAUCCAGGCACACCGGGUCUGGCGGGAGCGAAGGGAGACCGAGGUGACAAGGGAGACCGGGGGUUAACGACGCACUUCAAGGGCGAUCAGUUCCCGGCCGGAAUCAUCGAAGGGCCACCCGGCCCUCCCGGACCGCCCGGACCACCCGGUGAGAAGGGCGAUCUCGGUCCCGAAGGUCCACCCGGACCACAGGGAGAAAAGGGCCCUCGUGGCAAACGAGGUAAACGGGGCCCCGGUAAGGAUGACGACUAUGAUGAAGCUUUGCUGGCACAGUUUAGAGGACCACCUGGUCAACCUGGGCCACCGGGUCUUCCGGGACGCGAUGGUCUGCCCGGACAGAAGGGAGAAUCCGGUGAAGUGGGUGCCCCGGGCUCGCUGGGACCUCGAGGAUUAGAUGGAAUGCCAGGAGAACCAGGUGUUGAGGGUCCUCCGGGUUUACCAGGUUACCAGGGUCCACCCGGAGAAAAGGGGGACCCAGGCGAUAUCGGUCCACCGGGACUGAUGGGACCGCCGGGGUUGCCAGGCCCGCCAGGCUAUCCCGGAGUAAAAGGCGACAAAGGUGAUCGAGGCGAUUCCAAGUUUAGGAAAAUGCGACGACGACAGGACCACGAAGGAAUGGCCGAUGAGCCCUACCGGGAGGUAGUGUAUGGGCCUCCUGGACCACCCGGGUCUCCGGGCCCGAUUGGACAUACCGGACCGCCCGGUCCACGGGGGUACGAUGGCAAAAAGGGAGACCGAGGCGAGAAAGGGCAGAAAGGGGAGUACGGACCGAUGGGACUGCCGGGUCCAAUGGGAAUGCGAGGCGACGCCGGUCCAGUCGGUCCAGUUGGCAAAGCAGGCCAUCCGGGACCUCCCGGACUGGACGGAAUGAAGGGCGCCCAGGGCGAAACCGGCAUCAAAGGAGAAAGAGGUGAUCCCGGAUUGCCUGGAACGGACGGGAUUCCGGGCCAGGAGGGACCUCGCGGUGAAAAGGGCAACAAAGGUGAUCCGGGACCGAUCGGGAAGCGAGGUCGCAAGGGUGACCGAGGCGACAAAGGUGACCAAGGAGUGCCCGGUCUGGAUGCACCCUGUCCGCUCGGCAUGGACGGUCUUCCACUGCCCGGAUGUGGCUGGCGGGCACCGAAAGUGUACCAGGAGCCAGUGUUGCCGUCCCCGCCGCACAAGGAUUACCUGCCGGAUGUGACCGGGACGGAAAACAACGAAAGCGAGUACGCCGAGGAGGAGGACGACGGGACCGGCGGCGGCGAAGGCGAAGACUACGAGGACGAGUACGCGGAGAACGAGAACGGAAACUGA